AUGCAAAAUUAUAUCGAUGACCAACAUGUUGAACUUGCCGAUAAUAGUCCUUGCAACGAAUCAAAACUAUUUUACUUGCCUCAUCAUAUAGUGAAAAAACCAAAGAAUGACGAAAAGAAAUGGCGAAUUGUAUUUGACGCUUCUUCUCAUACACCAGGACAUCCUUACUUAAAUGAUGCUCUUGAGCAGGGUCCGAAUUUGCUUCCAGAAAUAUUUGCAACAUUGUUACGAUUUCGACUUCACAAAUUCGCAAUCACAAGUGACGGACGUCAAGCAUUCUUGCAACUUAUUUUGGAUGAAGAGGAUAGAAACUGUACUAGGUUCCUGUGGUUUAGGACGGAAAAGGAUGCAAACGGAAAAAUACAUUUGCGAAAUGAAAUACUUACUUAUCGUUUUUCACGUUUACCUUUUGGAUUGACUUCUAGUCCUUUUUUGCUUUCUGCCACUCUUCGUGAAUUAGCUAAUAUGCACUCUGAUUCCUACCCUACUGCAGCUAAACACCUAGAGAAUAAUAUUUUCAUGGACGACUUUGUUAUGGGAGUGGAUACUGCUGAACAAGCAACAACUCUUUACCAAGAAAUGCAAGAUUUAAUGACACAGAUAAGUUUACCUUUGGCUAAAUGGAGUACAAACUCCAAGAACCUACAGGCUAUUUGGGAACUAAAAGAUAUCAUCUUUAAAUGCAAUACGCAAGUAUUGGGAAUUAACUGGAAUAUCAGAGAAGACGUGUUUCAUACAGAUAUAAACGAAAGUGUUUAUCAGUUUGCUGUUCCUGCAACAAAACGUUUACUUCUUAAAAUUGUAUCAAAGUUGUAUGAUCCUUUAGGCCUCUAUGCACCAGCAAUAGUAGUCAGAAAAAUUCUUUUUCAAACCACGUGGCUCAUGGGAGUUCAAUGGGACGAAAUUCUUCCUCCAGGCAUUGCCGCAAGCUUUAACAGAUGGGUAUCUGAAAUAUCAUCCUUAAACAAGAUACACAUUCCUCGCUGGAUUGGAAUUUCUGCUACUUCUCACAUGAGUAUUCAUGUCUUUUGCGAUGCUUCGGAAAAGGCCUAUGGUGCCGCAUUAUACAUUUGUUUCACUGAGCUUAACGAAACAAAGGUUCGCCUAGUUUGCAGUCGCAAAAGACUUUCUCCACUUAAAAAGGUGACACUUGCACGGUUAGAGCUUUUGGCAGCCUUACUAGGAGCUCGUUUACUUCACUAUUUUUGCAAGGAAACUGGUUUAGAUAAUCAAACAUCAACACUUUGGAGUGAUUCAACUGUUGUAUUAAAUUGGAUGAGAAAUGGUCCUAAUCGAUGGCCGGGAUGGAAGAAUUCGAACCUGCAUCCUUCGUGUCAAUGGGAAGGAGAUUACCCGUCCAAUUCAACUGGUCAUACCUCUGGAGGUUGA